AGGACAACGCCCGGCUGCACGCCAACCUCCUGGAGAUGGAAUUUGGGGCCGACGUGGGGCAGAACGAGGGGAACACCAUGAGCUGCUUCGAGCGGGCGCUGCGCAGCCCCCUGCCCGACGAGGCCAAACUCCUCUUCUCGCAGCGCCGCGUCGAAUUCCUCGAGGAUUUCGGCUCCAGCAUCCACAGCCUGCUCAAGGCCUACGAGGAGCAUCAGAAGAUCCUGAAGGCGCACGCGGCCCGGAAACGGGCACCCGAGAAUGGGUGAGAAUUCCAAAAAAAUCAAAAUUGGUGCUGGUUUUAUCCCAAUUCCUUGUUU